AUGGCCCUUAUUCGUCGCCGCCACCCCAACCUCCGCCUCCCCAUCUUAGAGCCCACUGAGCGCAAACCCCACUUCUCCCUUCCCUUAGUACCCCCCACCACCAAACCCACCACCAAUGAUGAUAUCACCAUUGAUGACCUUGAGAAGCUCGUUGUUCUAGGCCAUGGAAAUGGCGGAACCAUCUACAAGGUCUACCAUAAAACCACCUCCACCACUUGCGCGUUGAAGAUCAUCCAUGGUGGCACUGACGUCACCACACACCGUCGUGCCCUCGUGGAAGCAUCAAUUCUUCGUCGUGCCACUAAUUGCCCCCAUGUGGUUAACUUUUAUAGCUCUUUCGAGAUGCCCACCGGCGAUGUGGCAAUCCUCAUGGAGUACAUGGAUGGUGGCUCCCUUGAGACUGCCCUUGCUGUCAACGGCACAUUCUCUGAAGAGCGACUUGUCACAGUGGCGCGUGAUGUCCUCGACGGACUUGCAUACCUUCAUGCACAGAACAUUGUGCAUCUUGACAUCAAGCCUGCGAACAUCCUCAUAAACACUCAAGGGGAGGUUAAGAUUACUGACUUUGGAGUCAGCAAAGUCAUGAGUCACACACUCGAAAUGUGUAAUUCUUAUGUCGGCACAUGUGCAUACAUGAGCCCUGAACGGUUCAACUCAGAUGCGUAUGGUGGGGAAUAUAAUGGUUUUGCUGCCGACGUAUGGAGUUUGGGUUUAACACUUUUGGAACUCUAUGUGGGUUACUUCCCACUUCUUCAAGAGGGUCAAAGACCCAAUUGGGCCACCCUUAUGUGCGCCAUUUGCUUUGAUGAACCACCAAGCCUCCCAGAGACUGCAUCGCCAGAGUUUCGCAACUUUGUUGAGUGUUGCCUCAAGAAGGAGUCUAGCGAAAGGUGGACAACAAAUCAACUCUUGAACCACCCAUUUGUUUGCAAAAACCCAAAAACCUAUUAA